AUGAAGACAACUCCCACACACUUAGUGGUAAUGAAGACAGCUCCCAGCUCCCACACACUUAGCUGUAAUGAAGACAACUCCCACACACUUAGUGGUAAUGAAGACAGCUCCCAGACACUUAAUGGUAAUGAAGACAGCUCCCAGACACUUAGUGGUAAAGAAGACAACUCCCACACACUUAGUGGUAACGAAGACAGCUCCCAGACACUUAGUAGUAAUGAAGACAGCUCCCAGACACUUAGUGGUAUCGAAGACAGCUCCCAGACACUUAGUGGUAACAAAGACAACUCCCAGACACUUAGUGGUAAUGAAGACAGCUCCCAGACACUUAUUGGUAAUGAAGACAGUUACCAGACACUUAGUGGUAAUGAAGACAACUCCCACACACUUAGCUGUAAUGAAGACAACUCCCACACACUUAGCUGUAAUGAAGACAACUCCCACACACUUAGUGGUAAUGAAGACAGCUCCCACACACUUAGCUGUAAUGAAGACAGCUCCCAGACACUUAGUGGUAACGAAGACAACUCCCAGACACUUAGUGGUAAUGAAGACAGCUCCCACACACUUAGUGGUAACGAAGACAGCUCCCAGACACUUAGUAGUAACGAAGACAGCUCCCAGACACUUAGCUGUAAUGAAGACAACUCCCAGACACUUAGCUGUAAUGAAGACAACUCCCAGACACUUAGUAGUAACGAAGACAGCUCCCAGACUCUUAGUGGUAAUGAAGACAACUCCCACACACUUAGCUGUAAUGAAGAUAACUCCCAGACACUUAGUGGUAAUGAAGGCAACUCCCAGACACUUAGUGGUAACGAAGACAACUCCAAGACACUUAGCUGUAAUGAAGACAGCUCCCACACACUUAGCUGUAAUGAAGACAACUCCCACACACUUAGUAGUAACGAAGAUAGCUCCUACACACUUAGCUGUAAUGAAGACAACUCCCAGACACUUAGUGGUAAUGAAGGCAACUCCCAGACACUUAGUGGUAACAAAGACAACUCCAAGACACUUAGCUGUAAUGAAGACAGCUCCCACACACUUAGCUGUAAUGAAGACAACUCCCAGACACUUAGCUGUAACAAAGACAACUCCCAGACACUUAGUGGUAAUGAAGACAACUCCCACACACUUAGCUGUAAUGAAGACAACUCCCAGACACUUAGUGGUAACGAAGAUAACUCCCAGACUCUUAGUGAUAAUGAAGACAGCUCCCAGACACUUAGUGGUAACGAAGACAGCUCCCAGACACUUAGUGGUAACGAAGACAACUCCCAGACACUUAGUGGUAACGAAGACAGCUCCCACAAACUUAGCUGUAAUGAAAACAACUCCCAGACACCUAGUGAUAAUGAAGACAGCUCCCACAGCUCCAGACACUUAGCUGUAAUGAAGACAACUCCCACACACUUAGCUGUAAUGAAGACAGCUCCCAGCUCCCACACACUUAGCUGUAAUGAAGACAGCUCCCAGAUAUUAAAUGGUAAUGAAGGAAUCUUAGGAAUCUUGAGUAGAUGUUUGAGUAGAUAA